CAGCCCCCUUUCAAAUUUUGAAAAGCUCCCUCCUAGGCUAUCGUAUGGCGCACUUUAUUCACGAAAAUUACACACAUGACACAUAUAUAUCAUAAUCCUAAUGUUUAUACAUAGCUAUGCAUUUGUGUAUCUCUCUCUUCGGCGGCAUAUGCAUAUACAGUGACUGAUAGGGCUCAGAAAUAGAAGCGUCAAAGUAAAUCGAAGAUUCAUUUUCUUGUCCUGCGUCACCAAAGACAUUGGUGUUCGACCAUUUGACUCAAAAAAGGCAAUGGAGAUACUGCCCGAUGCCUUAGUCCAAUACAUUCUAUCCCAGAUGAGCCAUGCACGCGACGUGGCAUCUUGCAACUGUGUCUCCAAGAGAUGGAAGGACUCGACUCCGUACCUGAAAAGUUUAUUCUUUUCUCGGAAUUUGUUCGACAACCUCACUGGCCAAGACACCCCUGACGCUAUCGUGAGCCGGAUGGUCUCGUCUGUAGUAAAACUCGAGGAGCUUGUGGUCUACUGCCCAUUCUCGAGCGUGGGCCUAGCCACGUGGCUGUCUUCAUCAGGCCCCACUUUGAAGUGCCUCGAGCUCCGUUUAGACAACAGAACCGAACACGACACUUUUGUCGAGAUUCCUUCGAAACUGGACUGCAUUCGGGCAGCAUUUAAUUUGGAGUCGCUCAAGCUCUGGGGUGUGCUCAUGAUUUAUUCCCCAAAAUGGGAUGUUUUUUGCCGUUUGAAAAAUCUUGAGAUAGUUGGCGCCAGGCUGGAGGAUAGUGCUCUGUUGGAAGCAUUGCAUGCCUGUCCUAACUUGACUCAUCUUUUGCUUCUUGGGUGUGAGGGACUGGGGUCUGUCUUGAUUGAGAAUCCAUGCCUGGAGCAUUGCAAGCUCGAUUUUUUUGGGGUUGGGAAUUGCUCGCUUGUGAUUGGCUCACCAAGGCUUGAGUUGCUUGAGGUGCAGGGUUGUAGUCUGAUUCGGGUUCGUGAAACUCGGUACUUGAGGAAUCUCUCGAUUGCCAAUAACUCAGGACGGGUGUAUACAUUGGAUUUUGGAAAACUUGAGGCAUUGGAAUCAUUGUCCAUUAGAGGAGUACAAUGGUGCUGGGAUGCUAUUAGUAAAUUGCUCCAAAUGGCCAGUGAAGUUAAGCAUCUCUACAUGAAAGUGGAAUUUACUGGUGAUUCUGAGACCCUUCUGCCAUUUCCAGAGAUUGAUUUUGUCGACUUCUUUAACAGCCACCCCAAGCUUCAUACAUUUGACGUUCAUGGUGCUAUGUUUGCUGCGCUUUGUCAGAAGAAAAGCCUGAAAAAUGUGGACUCGAGAUUUGCUAUUCCGUGCCUUGAGAAGGUUGUUAUCACCAUAAGGUCACCGCUGAAUGCCGAACAGAAGAUGAGCACGCUGGAGUCGUUGAUAAAGUACGCAAAGAAUCUAAAGAAAAUGGCAAUAAAGAUUCUUCAGAUGAAGAGCAGCCACAGUAGCACAGAUGAAUUCUUUGAGGAAAUUUGCAAAUUCACGUGCGCAGUAUUUGGUGGGGUUCUAGAUUUAGCAAUGGUGUCCGAGACCUCGGUGGUUGACAAGCUGAAAGGGUUUGCUCAGUCAGCACAGGGCAAGGCUCAGGGCCUCUUUGUUUGGCUCCAGAAACCCAACCAUCGCAGUCCGACUGAAAUCCUGAAGCGGCUGCAACGAGAAGCAUUUUCAGACAUCAUGAAACUCAGAGACAGGCAAGAGAAGGUCGAGAGGUUGCUGACCUAUAAAUCUUCCAAAGGGAGCCCAUUUCAAGAAGCCAGCACACAUGUAAGAGGUAAAGUUGAUGUGAUGGGAGCAUUGUUUUUCGUGGAUGGUGUUGAUGAUCAGAAAUAUGACGCGGUUCAGAAGUCGGGCAUCAAAACAGGCAUUGAUACAAGGCUUGCGUUUGAAACCAGCAUUCGGGAAAGAGACACACUAUUGGCAGAGUUUAUUGCCGGUGAAAAGGGUCGGGGUGGUGAUAUAUCGCGUGGAUCACUUUCGCUCUCGAAAGUAUUUUAUAAAGCUCAUGUGAACAAUUGGUUCUCAGCUAUUGCAGUUCCAUUGGGUGCACAAUGCAGGGAUGUUGGAAUCCCGUUGAAAAACAGCAGCGCCAUUGGCAUAACCGUGAGGAAAUCAAACGUGGCAGCCUCGUUAGCUCAAUUUGUUUCAGGUAUAGGGCUCCAAGUCAAUUCAAGUGGGAUUGGACGUGCCUUGAGCACGUUUGGACAGAUUGUUUGGCAACUCCCGAAAAACACAAAGCUUUCCCUUGUGGGCGUGCACAAGGAGUUCAAACCAUCAGGUCAAGAUUCGAGUCUUGGGGCAUUCUCUCUCCCUGUGAGCGUAUUUAAACGGAAUAGAUUUUCGGAGGCAUUAACGGAAGAAGACGGGCCGAGUGAUUUUGAAAGAAGUGACUCAGGUGGGUCCAUAGCCUUGAUGUUUAAUUCCGACAUUGAUGAAGGAAUGAGAAUAGGAGGUUGGAUAGAGAAGAGAAAUUCAAAUCCGAGUAAUUUACAGUGGGCGGUAAGUGUGUGUGAUACACCUGAGGAUGAGUUUGGAUGGGGCUUGAGCAUUGGGGGGUCGUCGUGUGGCCUUGAUAGCUUUUUAGAACAUCUGCAGGUCGAGUCGUUUUUGAAUUUGAGCUUUGGUGGAAAGUUCAAAUUGCGGCCGGCUGUUGUGUACGUGAAGGAUGGGGAAUGCCAGUUUCCUGCACUGAUGUUACGGUCAAGUUGGUCGCUAUGA